AUGGGCCUCCUCGACCCCAUCUACAGUUUCGCAAACACAGCCAUCUCCGGUGCAGGCGGUGCAGUCGGCGGCGCCAUCUCAUCUGUUGGCGAUGGCAUCUCCUCCACCGGCCGCAACCUCGGCGACAGUGUAGCCGGUGCAGCUAACGGGUACGCCUCCUACGUAAACGACACCGCGAACUACGUCCGCGACGCCACCGGCGCCGAAGGCGUGCGCAAGGGCACAGGCAACAACCCGCUCGGGCUCUCCUCGGGCAAAGAAAGCGCUCGCUCCUACGGCGGCGCCACAUCCUACAAAGGCCUCUCAUCCACCUCCUCGGCCCCGUCCAAGGCCGCCAAGAGCGCGAGUGCGAACGUUGGUGCCGCGAAGAAAGCACCUGCGGCUGCGCAGAAGAAAGCCACGGGUGCAGCAGGUGGAGCAGCGAAGAAAGCGCCCCCUGCUGGCGUGGGGAAGAACGUGACUGGCAAGCCGGGCAAUGCGGGUAAACCCGCAGCCACUGCGAAGGCGCCGGCCAAAGCGCCUGCGAAGCCAGCGCCGAAACCGCCGGCGGCGGCGAAGGGACCAGCGGGCGGGACGAGGGCGGCGGCGGCUGGGAAGGUAGGGGGAGCGGGGGAUGCGGGGAAGAAAGUCGGUGGGACGGUUACGGGGAUGAGUGGGGGGUUGACGCCUGCGCAGAAGGCGUUGGCUGCGAGGAAGAAGUAG